AUUGAAACACAUGCAUGUUGGUUAUCCAAAUGAACUUUCAACAAGGAGAAAUUGAACGAAAUUGUUGAAAACUGAGCUGUUCUUCUGUACUUGUUCUUCCUUCACAUUCCAGUAUUUCAAAAUACUGGAAAUAAAUUUUUAAUACAAAUGUAUUUAUUAUUGGUUUUGUGAAAUUACCAGAACUGUCACUCUUCGUUUGAUUUGAUGGGUUAUUACAGUCUUUCAUGAAACUUUGGUAAGUUAUCACGAAUCGAGGAGUGAGAAAGUUUGGUGAACAUCAUUUAGGACAUGACGUGGCCGAGAAUUUUGAUUUUAUUACACGUGGUUUACGGCAGCCCAGCAUCGUACUUUUUAAAGGGAAUAGCGGAAAGUAAUAUCUUCGACGAAAUUUCCAACUCUUUACCCAAAUAUGAUGAUAUGCCCAGUUCUGAUUAUCAAUCGAGUUAUUCGAAAGAAGAUUUGGUGGCACUUGACGUAAGCAAACGUGAAGGAGAAGUCAAAAGUCAAACGAACGAUGUGAUGGGAAUUGAACAGCUCUCAGAAUUAUCAUCAACAGUCACAACUCCUUACCUCACAGAACAACCAGAACUGAGUAUGACAAGCAAAUCUCCUAAUGAUACCAACACAACAGAAACUAACAGAAUUAUUGAAUUCGUCAUGACCUUAAACAAUAGUACAAACACCAUCAAUGGAAUGGGUAGAUUUCCCAGACAGGAACAGAAUGACACUGAAGAUGAUCCCGAAUUUGCAAGUAGAGAAAAAGAAUCUCAAGAAGAUGGCAGUGAUGAAGGGAAUGGAAAUAUGAUAACUGGACUUUUAUCAGCAUUUCUGGGAGGUUUGAGUAGGCCAGACGGAGGCAUUGAUUUGGAUGCUAUUGUUGGGCUAUUAGGAAGUUUGAGUACGCAAAAUCCUGAUGGAACGUAUGAUUUUCAAGGACUAACAGAUCUUCUGCAAGGAUUCUUUGGUGGCGGAGAUGGAGCUGGUGGUUCAGAUAUCGGAGCGUUUGUAGGAGGUCUCCUUGGAGCAGUUAUCAAAGGAGUUGCAAAUCCACCAGGACCAAAAGGUGCAGGGAUUUUGACUGGAAAAAUUGUUUCUGGAAUUCUACCAGCACUAAGUGCACCGGCCGACACUGGUAUGAUGGAUAAUAAAAAACCACCUCAAGAAGGAGUAUUGGAUUCCGGUAGUUUCUUGGGCGGUCUCCUCAAAACAGUUUUAGGAGCCAGCAGUGGGAGUGGGGGAGGUCGAAUUGAUUUAGUUCAAUCCAUAGUAACCUCUGUGAAGUCACUCAUCAUGUCGUCAUCGAAAAGUCAUUGAGUACAAUGGAGGACCGAACACUAUCAAUGAAUAAUUCAAACCUUACUAAUGGCGGAUUUUUUAUAAUGAAAAUAA